UCUUACAUAAAAAAGACUCAGUCGAAAGAAGGAAGACCCAAACCAACAACAACACUAGGAGAACCAGAAGCGUCUGCAAACGAUAUCCGGAGUUAGUGGGGCGUCAAUUUACAGUGAUGGGGCCGGUGGGAGGGAAUAAAAAGAAAAGGAAAAUAGAGAAGAAAGCUGAAGAAAACGCUUUGAUCUUGGGGUCUUCGGAGGAGGGCUGUACAAAGUGGUGGGGUGUUUUGUCAAAGACAAUUGCUGGUAGUCCAUCGUCUUCACUGAUAUUAGACAGCUUCAAAUCUACUUUCAAGGUGUCUAGAAUAACUUUCGACUAUAUAUGUUGCCUAGUAAAAGAGCGUAUGAUGGCUAAGACACAUUUUUCAUUCGCAAAUGGUAAGCCAAUGACGUUAAACGACCAGGUAGCCUUAGCACUAGUAAGACUUGGGUCUGGCAACUCGUUGAUUUCAAUUGGGGAGUCAUUCGGGGCACACCACUCGACUGUCUCUCAGUUGACAUGGCGCUUCGUGGAGGCCAUUGAGGAAAAGGGUCUUCACCACCUCCAGUGGCCUUCAACAGAAUUGGAAAUGACACAAAUAAAACAGAAGUUUGAGAAAAUCCGAGGCCUUCCGAAUUGCUGUGGCGCGAUCGACACCACUCAUAUAACCAUGCUAUUGACCUCAUCUGAUCAGGAAGCUGACACUUGGCUUGAUCACAAGCAGAACCACAGCAUGAUCCUGCAAGCAAUUGUGGACCCUGAUCUGAGGUUCCGUAACAUAGUCACCGGGUGGCCGGGGAAGAUGACUGACUCCUCCGUGCUCCAGAGCUCAAGUUUCUUCAAACAAUGCCAGAAAGGGGAGAAGCUGAACGGGAAGGCGAGCCAUUUAUCAGGAAAAACAGAGUUAACAGAAUACAUUAUUGGCGAUUAUGGGUUUCCAUUGCUGCCUUGGCUUGUGACUCCAUAUCAAGGGAAAGAACUCUCAAAAGCUGAAGCAGAUUUCAAUAAGAGGCUCCUCGCAACUCAAUCUGUUGCAGAUAGGGCGUUUGCGAGGUUGAAGGGGGUGUGGAGGAUAAUUCAUGGCGAAAUGUGGAGACCGGACCGGCAUAAGCUGCCUCGGUUUAUCCUAGUAUGCUGCAUUCUCCACAACAUCAUCAUAGACAUGGAGGACAGCAUUUCUGAUGACUUGCUGUCGUCUCUCGUCCAUGAUCAAGGAUACAGGCAAGAGAUUUGUGAACCUGUCAACAAAGCAGGAUCAAUUUUGAGGGACAGACUGUCUAUGUAUUUUUCUGGUAGAUGAGUGAAGCAAAAUCUUGCUUGUGCUUAUAGGCAAACUUGUUUUCCUUCAAGUCCAAUAUACUAAUAGGUAGAAGGGGUUGGGUUGGGUGGGCCCCAGGGGUUAUUUAGAGAUUCAAUA